UGAUUUGACAGUUCAGCAUGUCCAUAAAUGUGUGAACGAUACUUUAGCGAGAAGAUAUCAUGAUUAUAGAUGUAGACUCAAAGAGAAAUAUUUCAAUGGAAAAACAUUAGAUGAUGCAAUGAAGAAUUGUCCAACUGACAUAAAGCAAGAUGAUUGGGACUGGUUGUGUCAAUAUUGGUCUACUCCUGAAUUUCAGAGAUCAAUUACUAAAGACAACACACAAGGAGAAAUAGAACUUUAUUAUGACACUCAUUACAGUGAGAAGAAAGGGUGGGUAAACGAUGAAGCACUAACAAGAUAUGAGAGGAUGCUUCAAAUUAAAGAGCAACUUGUUCCAGAAGGAUCUGAGGCCCCCACUGAACUUGAGAUUUUGCAAGAAGUUUUAGGAAAAUCUAGAGGUUACAUUAGAGGACUUGGACAUGGUCCAAAACCUGCCACAAGCUACUCUGCUCAUUUGACAUUGGUUGAUAUUGAAUCAAUAGCCCUUCGAGAGCAAAUACAAAAGCAGGAGCAAGAACUAUUGGAUAUGCGUGCCAGGCUUUCUCAAAUUGAGGCACUAAUGCAUAAGUUCGUAUCGAAUCAAGUCGACAUAUCUCCACAACAAGCCGAACCAGCAACAAUGUUUAGCAUGCCAACGCCUACUAAUAAUAUAUGAACUAUAAUUUAUUUAUUUAUUUGCUUUAA